GAGUAUUGAGAUUUUUUUUAAUUUGGAUAAGAAAAAAGAUAAAAGAGAAAUAAGGAGAGUGAAAGCGAGCCACACGAUGGGGUAUGGCGGAAGAAGCAUCGACCGAAAGUAAUUGACACGGAUCAAGCUGCUAUUGACUAUGAAAGACUCUGUUUCCAAUUACAUUGCUCGAACUCCUCUGCUCUCUGCAUUUGUCGCUGGGAGUUCUCACAUUACCUCUCGGAACAUUAAUCCUCCCUCUUUUGAUUAGCCAACUCUAGUGUUGUGGGAAGGGCAGCAUGCAAUUUCAACUCUAGUUGCUUCCUGUUUUCUCGGGACAAUUCGCAGCAGAUUGUGGAGAUCAAGAGGUGAAGGUGAACUCUGAGUGUGAUGAGUGAGCCAAAGAUCAGGCGUUGGGUUGGAAAGUACGAGGUUGGCAAAACGAUUGGUGAAUGUGCUUUUGCAAAAGUGAGGUUUGCUCAAGAUUCUGAGACAGGACAACCCGUGGCUCUCAUGAUCCUUGAUAAAGAGAAGGUUCUUAACCAUAAGAUGGCUGAUCAAAUUAAGAGAGAUAUUUCUACUAUGAAGUUGAUAUACCAUCCAAACGUAGUUCAGCUUUAUGAGGUUUUGGCGAGCAAGGCGAAGAUGUAUAUUGUCCUAGAGUUCAUCAGUGGUGGAGAGCUUUUUGAAAAAAUUAAAAAUGAUGGGCGCAUGAAUGAAGACGAUGCACGGAGAUACUUCCAGCAGCUUAUCAACGCAGUUGAUUACUGCCACAGCAGGGGUGUGUACCACAGAUACUUGAAGCCAGAAAAUUUGCUUCUUGAUGCUCAAGGAAAUCUGAAAGUCUCUGAUUUUGGAUUCAGUGCCUUGUCCCAACAAGUCGAGGACAAUGGCCUUCAUCACACUGCAUGUGGAAUUCCAAACUAUGCUGCUCCUGAGGUUCUUAUUGAUCAAGACUAUGAUGGGGCAAAGGCAGACUUGUGGUCAUGUGGAGUGAUACUCUUUGUGCUACUUGCUGGUUACUUGCCUUUCGAGGAUUCUACUCUCACGACGUUGCACAAAAAGAUUUCAUCUGCUGAAUUCAGUUUUCCUACUUGGCCCUCUUCUGGUGCUAAGAACUUGAUUGUCCGAAUCUUGGAUCCAAACCCUAUGACUCGGAUUACAAUUCCAGAGAUUUUGGAAGAUGAGUGGUUCAAGAAAGAUUACAAGCCAGCUGUGUUUGAAGAGAAGAAAGAAGCAAAUUUGGCUGAUGUGGAAGCUGUUUUUAACGAUUCUGAAGUGGUACUACUUGUGGUGAUGUUCGUUCAAGGACCAAACUGAUGAACGGGUUGAUAGAACGAGGGAGACCGCAAGAGGCACAUUCCAUUUUCAACACUCUUAUUGAGGAAGGCCACAAGCCAAGCAUCAUCACAUACACCACUCUUGUAACUGCAUUGACCCGUCAGAAGCACUUCCACUCUCUCCUUUCCCUUAUCUCUAAAGUCGAGAAAAAUGGCCUCAAACCUGACACCAUUCUCUUCAAUGCCAUCAUCAACGCCUCUUCCGAGUCUGGAAAUCUAGAUCAAGCAAUGAAGAUCUUUGAAAAGAUGAAGGAAAGUGGAUGUAAACCCACAACAAGUACAUUCAAUACUCUCAUUAAAGGGUAUGGAAAACUUGGUCAGCUAGAGGAAUCUUCAAGACUCCUGGAGAUGAUGUUACGAGAUGAGA